GCCAAGUUGCUCAACACGCUGCGGUUGAGUUCUCCUACAGUCCCAUGACUCUUUCAACGACUCCUGUUGUAACUUCAUUCAGGAUUUGAUUGUUUUUAGAACGUUUAAAGGCAUUUUUUCCAUCAUUGAAAAGUACCGUCGCAGAUCCAAGAACCUUGAAAAUGUGGAUGUUGUGAUCGAAGGAAUGGCGGUCUGUUAGGAAUGUUCAUAACUUUAAUAUUAGAUAGGGGUUUUUGAGUAACAUCAACCUGGAUUUGAAAAUGGGACUACAAAAGAUGCUGUGUUUGUUUGUUGCUGCUUGUGUUGGCCUGAUUUCGGGAAGUCUAACGAGCUGUGAUGAAGUGCGCAAAGUUUUUCAGCUGCGGCAGAUUGGACCAGUGAAAUCCCUACCCGAGAGACCGAGAGAAGGUUCGGACCUCCAGGUGUGCCAGUCCAGGAACCUGACAUGCUGUUCUAAGAAGAUGGAGGAGAGGUAUCAGGUGGCUGCCCGGCGGGAUGUUCAGAACCUCCUCCAGACUUCUUCCGCCAGCCUCAAGUUCCUCUUCUCCAGGAACGUAGCAGCCUUCCAAGAAAGCUUUGAGUCUCUGAUGAAGGCAUCAGAGAACCACACCAACCUGGUCCUCCAGGCGUCGUACCGUAACAUGGCUGGGGAGGCGUCAGGUCUGGUGAGAGAGUUGUUCACUGACGUCGGCCUCUUCCUCCUUGGCUCCGAACUCAACGUUGAUGACAUCACCAGCCGCUUCUUCGACGCUCUCUUCCCAUUGGUCUACCACCACCUCAUCAACCCCAGCCUCAGCCGCGUCACCCCCGGUUACGCCGAGUGCGUCCGCUCCGCCCGCCGCGAUUUGACCCCGUUCGGCGCCGCUCCGGGAGUCCUAGCCAAUCAGAUCGGGAAGUCGGGGGUCGGGGGUCGUGUGCUGUUACAGGCGCUGCACCUCGGCGUAGAGGUGAUCAACACCACGGAUCACCUGGUGUUUAGCAGGGAGUGUCGUAGAGCUCUGCUCAGGUUGCAGUACUGUCCCCACUGCCACGGACUCACCCUGUCUAAACCCUGUAUGGGCUACUGUCUCAACGUGAUGCGUGGCUGUCUGGCAAGCAUGGCUGAGGUGGACCCCCAUUGGAGAGAAUUCGUGAGGUCGUUAGAGGGGCUGUCGGCACGCAUGCACGGAACUCAGGACCUGGAGCAAGUGCUGCUGGGAGUUCACGCCGUCGUCCACGACGCCGUCGCACAUGCUCAGAGGAACGGGCCACACCUCUCUGCACAGGUGUAUAAAGUAUGUGGUCGUCCCAGUAGACAGCCUGCCCAGUCAGUUAGUGGCCAGCAGGACGGAGAGUCCAUCCCUCUCAAAGCCUUCAUCAGAGAAACAGGAAACAGCCUGGCUACCAGGAGGAAAGAGUUCCUGAGCAGUCUGCGUUUGUACCGUACCUUCUACGGUGGCCUGGCGGACCAGCUGUGUGUGAACCAGCUGGCCUCCACCGAUGGCCUGGCCUGCUGGAAUGGAGCCGACGUUGUCAAGAGCGGCUAUAACUCUGUGCGCCUUAGCGGCUAUAACUCUGUGCGCGUUAGCGGCUAUAACUCUGUGCGCCUUAGCGGCUAUAACUCUGUGCGCCUUAGCGGCUAUAACUCUGUGCGCCUUAGCGGCUAUAACUCUGUGCGCCUUAGCGGCUAUAACUCUGUGCGCCUUAGCGGCUAUAACUCUGUGCGCGUUAGCGGCUAUAACUCUGUGCGCGUUAGCGGCUAUAACUCUGUGCGCCUUAGCGGCUAUAACUCUGUGCGCCUUAGCGGCUAUAACUCUGUGCGCCUUAGCGGCUAUAACUCUGUGCGCCUUAGCGGCUAUAACUCUGUGCGCCUUAGCGGCUAUAACUCUGUGCGCGUUAGCGGCUAUAACUCUGUGCGCCUUAGCGGCUAUAACUCUGUGCGCCUUAGCGGCUAUAACUCUGUGCGCCUUAGCGGCUAUAACUCUGUGCGCCUUAGCGGCUAUAACUCUGUGCGCCUUAGCGGCUAUAACUCUGUGCGCGUUAGCGGUUAUAACUCUGUGCGCGUUAGCGGCUAUAACUCUGUGCGCCUUAGCGGCUAUAACUCUGUGCGCGUUAGCGGCUAUAACUCUGUGCGCCUUAGCGGCUAUAACUCUGUGCGCCUUAGCGGCUAUAACUCUGUGCGCCUUAGCGGCUAUAACUCUGUGCGCCUUAGCGGCUAUAACUCUGUGCGCCUUAGCGGCUAUAACUCUGUGCGCGUUAGCGGCUAUAACUCUGUGCGCCUUAGCGGCUAUAACUCUGUGCGCGUUAGCGGCUAUAACUCUGUGCGCGUUAGCGGCUAUAACUCUGUGCGCGUUAGCGGCUAUAACUCUGUGCGCGUUAGCGGCUAUAACUCUGUGCGCCUUAGCGGCUAUAACUCUGUGCGCCUUAGCGGCUAUAACUCUGUGCGCCUUAGCGGCUAUAACUCUGUGCGCCUUAGCGGCUAUAACUCUGUGCGCGUUAGCGGCUAUAACUCUGUGCGCCUUAGCGGCUAUAACUCUGUGCGCCUUAGCGGCUAUAACUCUGUGCGCGUUAGCGGCUAUAACUCUGUGCGCGUUAGCGGCUAUAACUCUCUGCACGUUAGCGGCUAUAACUCUCUGCUCGUUAGCGGCUAUAACUCUCUGCGCGUUAGCGGCUAUAACUCUCUGCGCGUUAGCAGCUAUAACACUGCGCGUUAG